CAUUCAAUUUUCACUACAAAACCCUCUAGAAAGCCAACCGCGCCUCUAGAGAUACACACUCUUCUCUCUUCAGGUUUGGACCAUCUGCGUUGAUCUCACGCCUAAAUUCUUAUUUCUUCCUCUCUUUCUCUCUCUUCCUACAUUUGAAUCCGGAUCCUGCGCUUUCGAGUCCCGCCACAAACCCUAUUCCUAUUUCUCUCUCUUCUCUCUCCAAUCCAUUUCUUCCUUCGCUCUAGAUUUUCUGUUUUCCGUCCUACAACUGUGCGGACAAUGAGGAAAGGAACUAAGAGGAAGAUGAGGCAGAAGGAAGAAUCUUCCCAACCAGAGGAAGCCAACAAGAAGCAAUCAACAAAGACAACUCGAGCUAAACGAGCUAGGACCUCCAAGCCAGAGACCGAACCAGAAUACUUCGAAGAUCAGCGCAACUUGGAAGACUUAUGGAAGGAAACAUUCCCUGUUGGAACAGAGUGGGACCAAUUGGAUUCUGUCUAUCAAUUCAAGUGGAAUUUCUCCAAUCUAGAAAAUGCAUUUGACGAGGGUGGAGCUCUGCAUGGUAAAAAGGUUUAUCUCUUUGGUUGCACUGAGCCUCAACUGGUCCCAUAUAAAGGUGAAAACAAAGUCAUCUGCAUACCUGUUGUGGUGGCUGUUGUAUCACCUUUUCCACCAUCUGAUAAAAUUGGGAUUAAUUCGGUUCAAAGGGAGUCUGAAGAAAUUAUUCCUAUGAAACAAAUGAAAAUGGACUGGGUUCCAUAUAUCCCAUUAGAGGAUCGAGAAAGUCAAGUUGAUAGAGUAAAGUCCCAAAUAUAUAUCUUGAGAUGCACCCAAAGAAGGUCUGCUUUAAAGCAUCUGAAGUUGGACCGGCUGAAGAAAUAUGAGUACUGCUUACCUUAUUUCUACCAGCCUUUUAAGGAAGAUGAACUUGAACAGAGCACUGAGGUUCAGAUUAUUUUUCCUGGAGAGCCAAAGCCGGUGUUCUGUGAAUUUGAUUGGGAGUUAGAUGAGCUUGAGGAGUUCACAGAUAAGCUCAUAGAGGAGGAGGAAUUAUCAGAAGAUCAAAAGGAUGCCUUCAAAGAAUUUGUAAAGGAAAAAGUUCGAGAAGCAAAGAAAGCAAAUAGAGAGGCAAGGGAAGCUCGUAAGAAAGCCAUUGCGGAAAUGAGUGAAGAAACUAAAGCUGCAUUUGAAAGUAUGAGAUUUUACAAGUUCUACCCUGUUCAAACACCAGAUACACCCGAUGUUUCUAAUGUUAAGUCCCCAUUCAUAAACAGGUAUUACGGAAAGGCUCAUGAGGUUCUGUGAUUGACCCCAAGGCGAAAAUGGCAAAAAAGUUUGCUGGCUUGUCUUGCCUACUGCGACAGGGAUUUUGGUUUUUAUAAAGUUCAGCAGGCAACCACCUUGUCGCAUCCGAUUUUCCUUGUGACAAUAGGUUUCUUAAGGAAAAUACGAUGCAACAAUGUACCUUAAAACCUAGUGAACAAAAGUAGGAGUUAAAGUUAGGAGGAAUAUGAGAUCUGUUUUGAGAUUCCAAUUUGUAGAGAAGUUUGAUUCCCAGGGGCUUCAAUUUCAGUGGCUCUUGCCUAUCCUUGUUAGGCCAGAGAUCAUUCUUUUUCUUCCCAUUCAUAGUAUGUUGUACGACGUUUAUUUAGAUGCUGCAAAGGGAAAUGAAUUUAUUUCCUGUUCGUUUUA